CGUUGAUUUGUGAUCCGUCAAAUAAUAAACUUAACCCUAUACAUUGGUGAAUUAAGGUAUUCUAACCUAAGUUCAAUGAUUUUUAAAUUAAUUUGUAACUAAAUAGAUACACAUAUUUUUACGGUAAACUAUAUUAUUAAAUUUCUUUUCUUAGUGAGUACAAAAUGGCGGCUUACGGUGCAAUUGAAUCGUUUGAGUAUUAAAUUUAAAAGUGGUUUUAAGGAACUUCUAUUGAAUAUUUAGUUGUUUUAACGUUAUGUUUACAUUAAGGGAUGUUUAUCCUAUUUAUUCAAUUGUUUUAAAAGUAAUAUUUUAGCAUAAAAGUCUAAAAAUCCUAAGAAUUCAGCAACAAAAUACAAGAGAUGGAAGGCUCAGACUCAGAAAAUUCUGCUUCCGGCUCAGGUUCAGAAAAUGAGAGCAAAAGCGAUUCAAGUAACAACUCUGGAAGCGGUUCUGGGAGUUCUUCUUCAGAUGGUUCUGAUACGGGAGAAGAAACUGUAGAAAAUGGAUCGGCUAAUAAAAGUAGUAGUAAAAGUGACGGAGAAGAAGUACUUGAAGAAAGUAAUGGGUGUAGCCAAGAUUCAAACUCUAUACUUCCUGCUAGUCCAGAUAGUUCGAGUAAAUUCGAUACUACCAAAGAUUUAAGUUCUGAUAGGAGUUCGGAUCCCUCUAGCAUCAGGCGAUCAGUUAGGUCGCGAAGAGAGCCGGAAAGACUUCAGAGUAAAGACAGUGAUAGAGGUUCAAGUGAUAAAGGAAGUAGUAAAAGUGAAGAUUGGAAAUAUAAUGACGCAAGUUCGUCAGAGUCUGAACCAGAACAAAAAGAGCGCCCCCCGCCUAGUAAACGUGUAGGUUCUAGAGCGCGAACGACUGUGAUAAACAAGAAAAAAUCCAAGAAAAGAAGCCAAUAUAGUUCAGAAGAUGAAACUAGCGAUGAAAGCGACGAGGAUAGUAGGAGAGCUGUGUCCAGAAGGAAGGCUACUACCGUUAGUUAUAAAGAAGAAAGUGAAGAUGAAAAAACUGAUUCCGAGGAUUUGUUAGAAGUUGAAAAUAGUGAACCGGUUGAUCCUGUUCCGGAAGAAAAAUGUGAAACAAUCGAAAAAAUUUUGUCGACGAGAAGAGGAAAAAUUGGAGUUACCGGAAAUAUUACUACGGUUUACUAUGUAGAAGAAAAUGGUGACCCAAAUGAGGGGGUUGACGAAAAGGAUUUACAAAGUACAGAAGAUCAGUAUUUAAUCAAAUGGAAAGAUUGGGCGCAUAUUCACAAUACAUGGGAAUCAGAUAAAAGUUUACGAGAACAGAAAGUAAAGGGUAUGAAAAAAUUGGAAAAUUAUAUCAAAAAAGAAGUUGAAAUUCAACAGUGGCUAAAAUAUUCUACUCCCGAAGAUGUGGAAUAUUAUGAAUGUCAAAUGGAAUUAUCUCAGGAUCUUUUGAAGAGUUACAACGAGGUGGAAAGGAUAAUAGCAAAAUACAAUAAGCCUGAUGGAGGUAAAGAUUAUUAUAUUAAAUGGCAAAGUCUUCCAUACGCUGAAUCUACAUGGGAAGAUUCAGUUCUAAUUCAACGAAAAUGGCCUGAAGAAAUAAAUGAAUUCGAAGCUAGGGAGCAGUCAAGUAUGACUCCAACGAGACACUGUAAAGUACUUAAACAUAGACCCAAAUUCCAUGAAGUUAAGACCCAACCCGAAUAUAUGAUGGGCAAAGAAAAGACUUUAAUACUGCGUGAUUAUCAAAUACAUGGUCUCAACUGGAUGAUACAUUCCUGGUCAAAAGAAAACUCUGUUAUAUUAGCAGAUGAGAUGGGGCUCGGUAAAACGAUUCAGACAAUUUGCUUUCUAUACUAUCUCUUCAAUACGCACCACCUCCACGGACCAUUUUUGUGUGUUGUGCCCCUUUCUACAAUGACGUCGUGGCAGAGGGAAUUUACACAGUGGGCACCCGAUUUGAACUUUGUUACGUACUUGGGAGAUGUUCAGUCCAGGGAAACGAUUCGCCAAUAUGAAUGGUGCUUUGAAGGGUCAAAAAGGCUAAAAUUUAAUGCAAUUCUCACAACUUAUGAAAUAGUUUUGAAGGAUAAAGCAUUUCUGGGAAGUCUAAGCUGGGCUGUAUUACUAGUAGAUGAAGCUCACAGGUUGAAAAAUGAUGAUUCUUUAUUGUACAAAGCUUUAAUGGAAUUUAACACCAAUCACAGGCUACUUAUUACUGGCACUCCCCUACAAAAUAGUUUAAAAGAACUUUGGGCAUUGCUACAUUUUAUCAUGCCCGCUAAGUUUGAAACAUGGGAAGAAUUUAAAAGAGAACACGAAAAUGCAUCCACCAACUAUACCAAACUCCACAAACAACUUGAACCGUUUAUCUUAAGACGUGUAAAAAAAGAUGUAGAGAAGUCUCUUCCCGCUAAAGUAGAACAAAUUCUUAGGGUAGAGAUGACAUCUAUUCAGAAACAAUACUAUAAGUGGAUAUUAACAAAAAAUUAUAAUGCCUUGAGAAGAGGAGUUAAAGGAUCCACAACAACCUUCUUAAAUAUUGUGAUAGAGCUCAAGAAAUGUUGCAACCAUUCUUCUUUGACAAAGCCCCCAGAGGCUGAAGCACAAUACAAUCAACAAGAUGUACUGCAACAACUACUGAGAGGUUCGGGAAAAUUAGUGCUUCUGGACAAAUUGUUGAUCCGUCUGCGCAAUACUGGCCAUAGAGUACUAAUCUUCUCGCAGAUGGUUCGCAUGUUGGACAUUCUUGCCGAAUAUUUGCAGCUUCGACAUUUCCCGUUUCAGAGGUUAGAUGGUGGCAUCAAGGGAGAGCUUCGACGGCAAGCCUUAGAUCAUUUCAAUGCUGAAGGGUCUCAAGAUUUUUGCUUUCUUCUUUCAACUCGCGCCGGUGGGUUGGGAAUUAACUUAGCUACUGCUGAUACUGUGAUAAUUUUUGAUUCGGACUGGAAUCCUCAAAACGAUCUUCAAGCACAGGCAAGAGCCCAUAGGAUCGGUCAAAAGAAUCAAGUCAACAUUUAUAGGUUAGUUACUGCAAGGUCUGUAGAAGAAGAAAUCGUAGAAAGGGCAAAACAAAAAAUGGUGCUGGACCAUCUUGUAAUUCAGAGAAUGGACACGACGGGAAGAACUGUUUUGGACAAAAAGGGAUCUUCUAAUAAUAAUCCGUUUAACAAAGAAGAUCUGACGGCGAUUUUAAAAUUUGGAGCGGAGGAAUUAUUUAAAGACGAAGAAGACGAUGAAGAACCAAACUGUGAUAUUGACGAAAUUCUUCGACGUGCUGAGACCAGAGAUGAAGCUCCUUCAUUGGUUGGAGAUGAACUACUUUCGGCAUUUAAAGUAGCAAGUUUUGCCGCUUUUGACGAAGAUGCCGAACCCUCACCAGUAAAUAAUGUUGCAAAUGACGAUGAAAGUAAAGACUGGGAUGAAAUUAUUCCAGAAAGACUUCGUAUCAAAGUAGAAGAAGAGGAAAAGAAUAAAGAAAUGGAAGAUCUUUACCUUCCUCCUCGAAGUCGAAAAACUCUUCAACAAAUUAAUCAAUCUGAAAGUGACGGGGAGGAAGGAAAAGGUAGAAAGAAAAUAAAGAAAGAAGGAGAUGAAUCCGGAGGUUCUAGCGGUGAUGAUGACACCGACGAAGAAAAACCUAAAAAACGUGGAAGGCCACCAGCAAACCCCAGAGAAAAGUUCAAGAACUUUACCGAUGCUGAGAUUAGAAGGUUUAUAAAAAGUUAUAAGAAAUUUAGUGCUCCUUUAAAGCGAUUAGAGGCAGUGGCGUGUGAUGCUGAAUUGCAAGAAAAGCCAUUAGCUGAAUUAAGAAAAUUGGGAGAACUUCUUCAUGAGAGGUGUAGAGCAUUUAUGAAUGAACAAGCUAAAGAAAAUACAGAAUCUAACACUCAAGAUGAACCCAAAGGUCGCAAAAGAGGACCAUCGUUUAAAAUCGGAGGAGUAUCUGUAAAUGCCAAGACGAUGAUGUCCUGUGAAGAAGAAUUAGAACCAUUAGAUGAAGUGAUUCCAGCUGAUCCAAAUGAACGAUUGCGUUGGGUUUUUGAAGCAAAAACUAAAUCGUCUCACUUUGAUGUGGACUGGGGUAUGGAAGAGGACACUAAAUUAUUGAAAGGAAUUUAUCAUUACGGUCUUGGUUCAUGGGAGCAAAUAAAAAUGGAUCCACUGUUGGGCAUUGGUAAUAAAAUUUUUCUUAAUAAUGAAGACAAAAAACCGCAGGCUAAACAUCUUCAAUCAAGAGCAGAAUACUUACUCAAGAUUAUGAAAAAGCAGUUAGAUCUGAAGAAGGGUGUUCAAAAGCCAAAAAGACAAAGAAAAAAAGAAACAAAAGUUCUUACUAAGGAAAUUAUUGAUGACGAUGAAAGCUCAAAUGACGCUUCAUCAUUGCCAAGUUCCGCUCCAGUACCAGUAUCAGUAGCUCCGGUUAUUAAAAAAGUAAAGAAAGAAGUUAAAAAAGAAAAAGAGGAUAAAGAAGAAUCCUCGCCCGAGAAAAAGGAUAAAAAGAAGGAUAAAAAAAAAGAGAAAAAAUCAUCUGGUCCAAUGCAUUUCUCUACAAAUGAACCUGUUGCCUUAAACGUUUUGGGUGAUCUAGACCCUACGAUAUUUAACGAAUGUAAAGAAAAAAUGAGACCAGUGAAAAAAGCUUUGAAAGCGUUGGACAAUCCUGACGAAUCUUUGUCAGAAGCGGAACAAGUACAACACACACGAGACUGUUUACUUCAAAUUGGCGAGCAAAUUAAUACCUGCCUUUUAAAAUACACCGAACCAGAGAAGAUCAAGGAGUGGAGAAGCAACCUGUGGUAUUUUGUAUCUAAGUUUACGGAGUACGAUGCUAAAAAAUUGUACAGAUUGUACAAAAAAGCUUGUAAGAAAACUGACAAAAUAGAAACUAAAAAGGAGAAAAAAGCGGAGAAGAGGGCAGAGCAUUUAGAAAAGGAAAGAGAAGAGACUGCAUCUACUAGCGCUGAUAAAGUUAAAAAAAUUAAAAUACCAAGAACGGAAAAGGACUCGAAAGAACACAAAAGAAAACAUGAUAGUGAUAGUGAAGAAUCGCCGAAAAAACAUCGUUCUGAAAAGAAAGAACGACGUGUAAAGGAGAAAAAAAGAAGUAGAGAUGAAACUAGCGAGGAUGAUCAAGAAUACCGUUUUAAUAGACAUAGAAAACCUGGAAAUUAUAGGCAUGAACAACACAUGGCGCAGGAUAGAUGGAGUGGUCAACAAGAAAGGUUUCCUGGCGAACAUAAGAGGCAAGACUAUCAUAGGCCAGGGUUCCAUAGAGAGCGGGAUUAUCAACGAUAUGAUAAAGGCUCCCCAGAAAAGAAUAGUGAUUGGAGACCGUAUCCUCGCGGUAGAGACGUAAUGCCUCCAAUGCCCGGACAACCACCUAUGGGAAUGGGUUACUACCCUCCAAAUUAUUCUCAAGGGCAGGGGUAUGCACCUGAGCAGCCAUUUCCUCCUAGGGACCGAUUUCCAUUAGGCGAUUGGCGACCACCCGAUCGUGGGGGCUAUAGCUCCUCAGAAGAGAAUAGUGAUUGGAGACCAUAUCCUCGCGGUAGAGACACAAUGCCUCCAAUGCCCGGACAACCACCUAUGGGAUUGGGUUACUACCCUCCAAAUUAUAUUCAAGGGCAAGGGUAUGCACCUGAGCAGCCAUUUCCUCCUAGGGAUCGAUUUCCAUCAGGCGAUUCGCGACCAUCCGAUCGUAGAGGACGUAGACAUCAUAGACGUCAGCAAUAG